UAAACCAAGCAAAUUAAAACACAAGCAGAAAAAUACAAACGGCUGCUGUGAAAAAAAGAAAAACCAAACUGACUGAAAAACGCAUUAGUCCAAAGCUAAUUUAAUUUGACCGUGUGUAAUGUUCUGCUGCCUGCGCACGUGCCUCAACGGAGGCCAGCUGCGAAAGCCAACAGCAGCUGCCCAUCGCCUCAGAGAGCCCGACGUUCAUCUGGAUGCGGCGCAUAUGGGAGCUGAUGUAAUCCUACUGUCGCAUCAGCUACGUGUAACGGGCACCGGCGGAGUUCUGGCCACAGCACCACUGGUCCAAUCAAAAUCGUACUUCGAGGUAAAGAUCCAACAAAGCGGCAGCUGGUCAAUUGGCCUGGCCACACGUCAGGCGGAUCUGUCGCGCAAAUGGGGCGGCGGGGAUCGUGAAUCGUGGUGCCUGUGCUCCGACAAUGCGACGCGCCACAACGACGAAGAGUUCCGUCCCGUCGUCGCCAAUUGCACACAGCCAACGGCGUCGAAAUCACCGGCUGCAGUCACAACCACUGCCAAUGGUAUAUUGAAUAAUAGCGCCGCUGCUGCAGCUGGCCUGAUUGCCAUCGAGGAUCUGCUGCAGGAGGAUCUGCUGAUGACAACGGGAUGUGCAACGGCAAACCCAACAGAGCUGAGCUCUGUGGAUGCUUUAAUCAGUGCACCGCAACGAGACUUUCCCGACGAAGGCGACAUAUUGGGCGUCGCCUUCGAUCAUAUCGAGCUGAAUUUCUAUUUCAAUGGCAAGAAUCUGGAGGUGCCUUUCCGUAAUGUCCGAGGCUCGGCUCUGUUUCCAGUCAUCUAUGUGGGCAAUGGGGCAAUAUUGGACAUUAUUCUGGACAACUUUAAGCACGGUCCGCCCUCGGGUUUUGAGCGCAUUUUACUGGAGCAGUCACUACUUUAGGGAUUAAUAACUCGAUCUCACAUGCCAUGAACAAAAUUUCUUAGAGCUGAGGAUGGAGUGUUUUUUUUUUAUAGGCUGCCUCUAUCCCAGCUUCAAGUGUAUAAUCAACAAAUUUGCUAGUCUCUCAGACGCAAUUGUAGAAAUAACUUCCGAAUGAUAUAACUCGUCGUCGAAUUAAUGUUCGCAACAAAUCUAGAGAUAUAUAGAGAUUUAAUAGUUUUCUGCAGUUUUCCAGUACUGUUUCAUUACAAUUAUUCAAAUAAUGGUAGAAAAAUCUUAAAACAUUGCCAAAGCAUUUUCCAAAUUUCAAAAAAAAAUUAUGUUCGGAAGUUAGUUCAUAUUACAUUUGUUGUCUAUUUUGGGUAUUAUUUCAUUUUAUUGUAUUUUUUGUAAAUUAUUCAAACGUAGCUAGAAAUCGCGAUAGCUUUGUAUAAUACACACACAAAUUCCACACAUAUACAUAUAUAUUUAUAUAUCUUAUCAAAUAAUUUCGUACAUUCCGAUUUAAAUAAAGAGUCUAGAAAAGUUAUUGGACCACAUCCUGACUAAAUGCACUCGAGCACGGAAAUUACCAAACUACUUAUGUACUACACUAUAUUUAAGGACAUGUACUUAACGCUUUGACAACUGACUAAUCCGCGCGCGGACAAUAAUGAAUGUUAUGUAUACCUAUGUAUUGUGCGUACUUAACUAAAAUAUAUAAUUAUAUAGAGACCA